AUGGGGCAGUCAUCAGGCCGAUGCGGAUCUGCCAUCCUGGCCUGGUUGACUCUGUCCAGCUUGGCUUACACGCCCAGUCAAAGCAAGUGUUCCUUCGUGACUGUCUUGUUGUCCGAGGACUUCCUGCACUGCUCUGUGGCGUGGCUGCGCUCGCUGCGGCGCGGCGCGACGGCGCACGAGGUGACGGUGCUAGUUCUGCCGGAGAUUUCCCCGGACGCCAGGGCACGACUUUUGCAGGCCGGUGCUGAUCAAGUCGUCACCACCCAGGAGAUUGAGAACCCCAAUGCCGUGGUGCAAUACCAGGCCUUUGCCAAGAAUUAUGCCAUUUUGAGGGUAUGGCAACUGGGAAGUCUCACUGGGAAGGACUUUCAGAAAGCAGUGUACAUGGACAGCGACAUGAUCGUGACGCAGAACAGCGACCACUUAUGCCAGCGACCGGAGCUGUCCGCCGCUCGGGACCUCGGCGCGCAGGGCGAAGACGGGCUUCAUUCCGAGGAGUUCAAUGCGGGGCUCAUGGUCUUGGAACCCAACGAGGCCACCUUUCAGCGCUUGGUGGACUUAGCUCCUCAGGUGCGCAGCUCUUCAGGUGGUGUGCAGCCCUUGCUGCGUGCUGCCUUCCCGGACUUUCAUCCGCUGGACCAUUGGCGCGACAAUGUGAAUGCGCGUCUCUUUGACCUGAGUCGCGCAGAAUGGCACGUCGAGAAGAUUCGCUCCAUCCAUUACACGGGGCCCUUGAAGCCUUGCUUCACGUUCGCCUCCGACUUCGCGGCGGAGGAGUGGGAACAGCCUAUGCGCAUUUGGCACCGCGCAAAUGGAGAGGCACGAGAUCCUCCCUUUGCCAAAGAGCAGGCGCCGUGCCAACGAACAUGGGCGUCCUCCAACGAGGCGUGGAGAACCUGGUUCCCGGUGCCACAGGACUCCGUGCUCCAGCACCUCUUCGGAGUGGGGGAGGAGGAGCUCCUGAGCCUCGGCGCCUCGCACGUCUGCAAGCAUUUGAGCGCGGCAAUGGCCAAGUUUGCGGAGCAGGUCUUCGCUGCAGGCUACCAGCAGCUGGUCUCUUGCCAAGGAGGCUCAUGCAGCCAGAUUCCAUUGGUGGAAGAGGAGCUCACCAGAGCAGGCGACCAGCUGCAACGCACCUGGCAAAUCUUCCUGCAGCGGGCCUCCAACGAUGCCAAGGUGGAGCUCUACGGCCUGGGCAGCGUGGAAGACGUGCUGCUGGACCAGCGGCGCAAGGCUCUGGAGCUCUUGGAGCAAAGCCUUCGAGAGAUCCACCACGCCAGGCAGAGUCUUGUUCAGGAUGGCUGCGUCUUUGACAUGACCACACGACUUGCCAGGGCACUGCGCGACCAGGAGCAGCUGAUGAGGUGGCAUUUGAGUCAUGCUUUGCUGGCGCUUUUCUGGUGGCAGUUGCGGCAGCAACGUGAACAGGGACACUUCGAGGCACCUCCGGAGCUUCGCUUCGAGUUGCCGGGGCUGCGCUUUGAGGACAUCUGCUGUCGACGUUGGGAUGUAGUGCUUGCAGCACUGGAGCGCACAGGAGGCUCGGUGGCGGCCUGGGGCGGCGCUCCAGAUCUCCAGGAGUGGCUGCCAGGCCUGGAGCAGUUGGAGCACCUUCCUGGAGCUGGGUCGGUGCAGCACGACGUGGUGCUGUUGGGAUGUGGAGGACCCGAGCUUGAACCGCUGGAGGAGUUCUUGCUGCUUCGCGAGCAGCUCCAACGGCUGGAGAGCAGCAAGGCACAGGUGAUGGGCUGCCACUUCCUGGCGAAGCAUAUUGGCCUCGUCGAAGCGGUGAGCCAACACGCGCUGGAGGCGGCCGUGACACUGAACUUGGGCGUGGACGGCACUUGGUGGUUCUGA